AUGGUUCGAAUUCAGGGUUUCGAGGGCUUGCAAUAUUCUCGGGAUGGUAAUGAGUUUGAACAGCGAGACUACGCUUUCUUCAACCAGCAGUAUGCCAGCUCAACUUACCAGAGUGAGCGAGGUAUGAACCCGGAUCUAAUUGUCCGGCCCAAACAUGACAACGAUGUGAUCAAGGCAGUCAACUUUGCCCGAACGAACAACAUCUCUAUCGCUGUCAAGAGCGGUGGUCACCAGUACAGUGGCGCAUCGUCCACCACCGGCAAGAAUAUCCAGAUCGACUUGUCCAAUACUUACAAAGACCUCAUGGUCAUUCAACCAGCAAAACCAAUUGCCGAUGAUAGAGCGCUGGUAUACGUUGGUGUUAGCAUCCGUAACAUGGAGCUGAACGCUUAUCUCAAACACAACAGGCUCUUCGUCCCCCACGGCCAAUGUGCCUACGUGGGCAUUGGAGGACAUGGCCAAACGGGAGGUUACGGCCAGCUUGCCCGAAGCUUUGGACUCUUCGGCGAUCACAUCAGGACUAUUACCAUGGUCUGUCACGACGGUGACAUCCGAGACAUCAGCAAGGCAAGCGACCCGGAGCUCUUCUGGGCCAUUCUUGGCGGCAGCCCUGGAAACUUUGGCAUCAUUACCCACUACAUCAUUGAGGUAUACAAGUCUCAGAGCUACAUAACCGACGUUCCCGGCAUCAACAACUCCAAAAAUCCACAGGGUAUCAAAGCUCUGUGGCUGUACAACAAGGAGUUGCUCGACAAGCUGCUCACCGUUGUCGCUGAGAUGGCCGACGACCGCACCGUCCCGCGCGGCUUUGAUCUCUGUGUUAGUGUUCUCAGUCAAGACUUCCCCAUUGCGACCAUUUUCAAGGAGCUGCAGGACGGCAAAGAAUGGAGCAAGAUGCAAGAGGAAAUCAACCGUCAGAUUGGAGAGGACAUCGCAAACUUUCUCGAGGGCAAAUUCCCCGCUGCCAUAAUACUUUAUGCGCAAUGGUGUCCGACCAGCAAGACCGACAGAUACGAUGCCAGCGUUGACGCUUGGUUCGGCAAGUUCCGAAACCUCAAAGGUUUCGCCCUUCAAUACAAGAAGCUUGACAUGGAGAUGGCCGACAUGACUGGUCAGUGGAUCUUCCCAAAGGAACGAGAGUUCGACCUCCCCUACGAGAAACGGGCGUACGCGACCAACUCGACAAGUCUUGUCAAAGACGGCUGGGUGGAGACCGUCGUUGAUCGUAUCGAUCUCAUCUACAACCCGAAGUCAGCCAUGGAGGGCCAGGAAGGCGACAAGAAGUUUGAGCUCUACCAGAGAUGCAAGCUUGCGGUGCAGAUUCAGUGUUUCGGGGGAGACCAUUCGCUCUUUAAUCUCAACAAGGACAAUGGCACGUCUUUCAGCUGGAGAGACAGUACUGUCGUCCAGGUCCUCGACUGUUUCCACAAGGAAGACGACGAAUCCAGGCAGAUCGCCCAGGCGUGGCAGGCCAAGAACGAUUCCAUUAUGAAUGGGCCUACCAGUUCUUUCAGCAAGAAGGACAAGCGACUUCUGUGGGGCUCUUACGGGGAAUGGAACUUGGGUGACAAGAAGGUUUGGCAGUAUUACUAUGAGGACGAAGAGAAGUACAAGAGAAUCGGCAGGGCGAGGGCCAAGGCUGAUCCCAACGGCACAUUCACGGCGAACCCGUUUGCUGUUACGGCGGCCAACUAG